CGGUAGUGCUCAUUUAACUUAGUUAAACAUCCGCCCGCGAAGAAUCCUAAAAGAAGAGGAUAGCACAUCGGCUGGUCAACCCUAGGAUACUUUAGCCCCCUACGUCGCAUUACCAUCUGUAGUUGACAGGUUCAAAGCAACAUAGAAUCAAGUGUUAUGGAUGAACCAUGAAGGCACAAUUACAAGUCACAGUGCUCUCAGCCAAGCUAAAGGAAAACAAAAAGAACUGGUUUGGUCCCAGUCCUUACGUUGAGGUAGCUGUGGAUGGCCAAUCAAAGAGGACAGAGAAAUGCAACAACACCCACAGUCCCAAAUGGAAGCAGGCCCUCACUGUAAUUGUGACUCCAGUCAGCAAACUAAUCUUUCGUGUUUGGAGUCAUCAGACACUGAAGGCAGAUCUUCUGUUAGGCAUGGCUACUCUAGACAUCAGCUCUAUCCUCAAAGCCAAUGACCUUAAAUUGUGUGAGGUGGUGCAGACGCUGCAGCUGUCCUCUGACAGAGACCCUCAGGAUAACGUUGGAGACCUCUCAGUCUGUCUGGAUGGUUUGCAGGUUGACCCAGAAACCUUUGCUCUGGCAGAGAGGAAUCAAGUAGCUCCUCCAAAUGGAAAUGCAAAACCAAAUGGCAACGCAAGCAACAGGUCAAGCAGGGACACGUCUCCAUCCAGUGACUCUGAUGACUGGGUAAUUGUACCCAACGGUCUCGCCGUCACUGGUAGAAGUUCUCCCUCUCCGUCUCCAGGGGGCUCCACCUCCUCACGUCCUCCCAGGCCUGCCAGACCUCCUCCUUCUAUGCCACAAAAACCUGCUGCCUCACCAAGCUCUUCCAGUAGUUCGUCUCCCAGUGAACUGAGUGAAGCCCCACCGUCUGACGGCUCCUCUCAGGCAUCUGCAAGCGGGUGUUCAGACCAGCCAGAUGACUCCGCUGCACGAGCAGCAUCGGCUGUUUCCCCACAAACAACGAGUGUUCCCAAACCAGGGGGUGCUGUAACAGCGGCUCCAGCUACAACGGCUCCCAGAAUCAACCCCAUUAACAAUGCCCCUCUGCCACCAGGGUGGGAGCAGAGAGUGGAUCAGAAUGGACGGGUGUAUUAUGUCGACCACAUUGAGAAAAGAACUACUUGGGAAAGGCCUGAGCCUCUGCCUACAGGCUGGGAGCGUAGAGUUGACCCAAUGGGUAGAGUUUACUAUGUUGACCACAUAACAAGAACCACAACAUGGCAACGGCCCACUCAGGAGUCGGUGCGGAACUAUGAGGAGUGGCAGAACCAGCGCAGCCAGCUUCAGGGAGCAAUGCACCAGUUUAACCAGAGGUUUAUUUAUGGGCUGCAGGACCAAUUUGCAGCCACAUCUAAAGAGUUUGACCCACUGGGACCACUGCCUCACGGCUGGGAGAAGAGGACAGAUACCAAUGGCAGAGUGUAUUUUGUUCAUCAUCCAACUCGGACAACGCAGUGGGAGGACCCAAGGACGCAAGGACUUCUGAAUGACAAACCCUUACCUGAAGGUUGGGAGAUGAGGUUCACUGUGGAUGGCACACCCUACUUUGUAGACCACAACCGGAAGACCACAACCUACAUUGACCCCCGCACAGGGAAAUCUUCCCUCGAGAACGGCCCACAGAUCACUUAUGUUCGGGACUUCAAAGCCAAAGUGCAAUACUUCAGGUUCUGGUGUCAGCAAUUAUCGAUGCCUCAGCAUACCAAGAUUACCGUCUCCAGGAAAACCUUGUUUGAGGAUUCCUUUCAGCAGAUAAUGAGUUUUCACCCGCAAGAUCUGAGGCGGAGACUGUGGAUUAUUUUCCCUGGAGAGGAAGGCUUGGACUACGGAGGCGUAGCCAGAGAAUGGUUCUUCCUGCUCUCCCAUGAAGUUCUAAAUCCCAUGUACUGUUUGUUUGAGUACGCUGGAAAGGACAACUACUGUCUUCAGAUCAACCCUGCUUCUUAUAUCAACCCGGAUCAUCUUAAAUAUUUUAAGUUCAUAGGCCGCUUCAUUGCCAUGGCUUUGUUCCAUGGAAAGUUCAUUGAUACGGGUUUCUCGCUGCCUUUCUACAAGCGGAUUUUGAACAAACCUCUGGCUCUUAAAGACCUGGAAUCCAUAGAUCCAGAAUUCUACAAUUCACUUAUUUGGAUCAAGGACAAUAAUAUAGAGGAGUGCGGUCUGGAAAUGUUCUUCUCUGUUGAUAAGGAGAUCCUGGGAGAGGUCAGCACUCAUGAGCUGAAACCAGAUGGAGGAAACAUUCCAGUAACUGAGGAAAACAAAGAGGAAUACAUCAGGUUGGUGGCAGAGUGGAGGCUAUCCAGAGGGGUGGAGGAGCAGACCCAGGCGUUCUUUGAGGGCUUCAAUGAAGUUCUUCCUCAGCAGUACCUGCAGUACUUUGAUGCAAAGGAGUUGGAAGUAAUGCUCUGUGGGAUGCAGGAAAUCGACCUGGUUGACUGGCAGAGAAACACCAUUUAUAGACAUUAUGCUCGAAGCAGCAAGCAGAUUCUUUGGUUCUGGCAGUUUGUGAAGGAGAUGGACAAUGAAAAACGAAUGAGACUCCUGCAGUUUGUAACGGGGACCUGCCGCCUUCCUGUAGGAGGCUUUGCUGAUUUGAUGGGAAGCAAUGGUCCACAGAAGUUUUGCAUUGAGAAAGUAGGAAAAGAAAACUGGCUUCCGAGAAGCCACACAUGCUUCAACCGUCUGGACCUCCCUCCUUAUAAAAGCUAUGAGCAGCUGAAGGAGAAACUCAUGUUCGCCAUUGAGGAGACUGAAGGCUUUGGGCAGGAGUAAAACAUCAAAAACUCCUGAUUUUUAUCAGGGCAACCUGCGCAUGGAACAGAUUGAAAGAAGCACUUUCAGCAGUUUCUCUCUGCAGUCCAGAAAUGCUUUCUCCCUGGUAGAAUCUGUCCUAAUAGCAUGUCAACAAAAGAAUAGAAAGUUGUUUAAUCAUAGUUUCAUUUUUUUAACAAUGGACCUGUAAAUCUUCCACACCCUUAUCCUCCCUUAUCCAGCUAAUGUCUCAAAGCCCACAUUAAGGCGGUGGAGACAAAACGAGACGCCUUUCUCACUCUGUCAUGCCUGCACCCACUGUAUGGCUGAGAAAGGGCAGUUUCUACACUUAGGGCACUGAUUCUGUGUAGUCAUUUCUUCAGAACCACUUUGUUGGGCCUAUGCACAAGCAUAAUGUAUGAGGAAGAAAACUUGUGUAAUAUAUGAGUCAAAAUAUGAAGAUUAAUACCUAAAAGAUAAAAAAAGGACCCUUGUGGUUUGAGGUCGUUGAGAUUUUGAUGUACAAAUGAAAGGAUGAAUAUUUUUCUAAGAGGUCACUGACAUGAAUCCUGUAGCACAUAUACAGUUUUUUAUUAACUUUGCUAGAUGUGAUGACUUUCAUUGCAUAAUACGUUCUCUUGUUUUGACAGGUUACCUGCUUAACAUCUGACUGAGUUAAUAAGUUGAACUAGUUUGCACAUGGUUUUUGUGAGCUGUGAGAUUAUGAUUGCUAUUAGAAGAAGGUAUUUUUUAAGUGCAAUAGUUUUGUAGGAAACAUCAUUUUGCAAAUGUUAGAGUCAGAAAAGUAUUUGAUUAGUUUUUCUAAGGUUUAGUUUUUACCUUGUAGUUAAAACUCAGUACAUUAUAUAGAACAGUCCCAUGCUUUGGCUUUCCUAUUGCUGUGGUUUGCCUUUCGCUAGUGAGUGAUGCUACUGUUAAUUCUGCAGCUUAGAUCAUUAAUGUUUACCUAAUUUUUCAGGGAGAAGGAUACUGUGAAGGUUAUGAUAACAAAGCCGAGGACCCGUUCUUGGCUGGUUUUCAGGAACCCAAAUCACUGCGAUGAAACAAAAGUGAGUCAGUUGGGUUCUGCUGAGCUUUGGUCUCAAGCAAAGAAAAUUUAAGGUUUAAAAUUUGAAAGGUUUUAUCGAUUGACUUUUGCAGCUUAUGUACAAACUAGACAUUUAAAUGCACUUUACAUAAAGACAUGCAUGCUUUUUUAUACCCCUGGGAUUAAAUCAGACUAAACUUCAUGUUGUAGAAAUGUUGGGAUUACUAAAAACUAUUUUACAAAGCACCAGAAUAUUUACAUUUUUUGAAAUAUGUUUUUUUUUUUUUUUUACAAUUAUUUCCUUUUAGAGAUUUCCAUAAAAACUUUAUGUAUCUUGCAGCAUUUGUGUUCAAACAGUGACACUGAUCACUGAUUUUAUUUAUUUUGUAAUCAGAUACAUUAUGCAAGCGUUUUUGGACUUGGGUCCAUUUCUCCAGAAGUAUCAGGUUGAACUGGUCAGUUAUGUAGUCCAUCUUGAUCACACACACCCCCUUUUUUUUUUUUUUUUUUUUUUUUUUUAGCUCUGCCCAGAAUUCAUUUUAUAGGAUUAGAGGAGAGCUUUUGUGAUCCAUUCCAAAACAUUGACUCAUAUAUGCUCUUAUGUAACUUGGCACUAUUCUUGGUUUCAUUGUGGAUUUAGAUGACCCAAGCUUUAACUUGUCUUAUAAAAUUGUUAAAUAUUUCCACACAGGCCUGUCCUCGCGAUAUCAUCCCAGCUUAAUGUAGUGCACCAUUCCCUCCUGCAGCAGAAAACACACACCACAGGAUGCUGCUUCCUGUAUUUUACAGUUUGGAUGAUAUUCCUAGACUUGUAUCAUUUCCACUGUGGCGAUUAUGAUAGUCACACAUUUUCAUUCUAGUUUCCUCACAUCACAGGAUAUCCAGAAGUAAAAAAAAUUAGCGAUGGGUGCAUUUUUGAACUAAAUAUUUCUUUUUCUGUUGCUGUUGAGGUUAUGAUUUUUUCCUUGUGGAGCCAUUAUACCAUGUUAGCACAAAACAGUUUUCUCUAUGUGUAAUCACACCUCCCUACCAGCUUAAGUCAGCACCUUUAAAAUGUUUUGCUUUUGUUUUGAGGUUGAUGCAAAUGUCCUGAUCGGUGUCACUGCUGGAUGUUCCCACGCUGUUUAUAGUGGACAUUAUUUAACAGAAGAACAAGUAGCCUCUGAAAUUGUUCCCAUAGAUGGACCAGAUUUCUGCAGAUCCACUGAUCUCCUGAUAUUUCAGCCAUUUUCUUUAGAUUUUUUUGUUAAUCUCUCACAUUAAAAAAAAUGUAAUUUAGGUUUGCUUUAAAUAAAAUCACUGGUUUUCCUUUGUUUAACUUAUAUAUUUAAAUAAACCUAUUAGAUUCUUACAAAUUCUUCUCUUAAUUAUCUGGGCUGCUCUAAGUUUUUUAAAGACAAUUUAAAAUAAACAACUGGACUAAAUUGUAUCCAAAUUUAUAGACUUCUGAAAGUUAAAGACUAUGAUAUAAAUUUCUUUAAAAUAUCUUUCUUGCCAUGCUUGAAUUGAUUAAAUAUUAAUUAGGAUAUUCCUAAUAUAAACAUUUUACUAAAACUGGAGGCUGUUAGUCUGAUUUUAUGCCAGACUCUAAAGGUUGCAUGUCUUAAUACUGUGUAUUUAAAUACUCGAUCAAUAAAGCAGAAUUUCCCAAGGAGUGACACAGAACCCUAGUUUUAUAGGGAGGGGGGCGACUCACUUAGAUUUGUAUAUUGUAAUUAGGAACUUAAAAUCAAACCAGGCUGUAUAGAAAGGUGUUUAGUAAAAUUGUGAACCUUUUCAUGUCAGUGGUGUUCUCUACAUUUCAUAAAGGCCUAGAACAUUUAGAGCCAUUUAGCUUAAGUCCUCCAUGAUUAUUGUUACCUCUUCUAAAGGUGUCCAAAAGCCUUAUAACAAUCUACUAUUGCAGUAACAUUAUCAAACUGCAAAAUUUUGUAUGUGUGUUGAGGGGAAAUUAUAUAAAAUAAAACAAAAGAUUGAUGGUGCCACAAAUGAUGUCUGUCCCAACAGUUGCAGUUGAAUAAAUGUGAGCGAAGCAUUUUUAAUGUGUACUUUGUUAGGAUGACCCUAUUGUUUAGGAAAUGGGAUUGAUCAAUUCCUGUUUGGAACGUAACUAUGUGGUGCUCUUGAAGACCAUGUCUCUGCGGUGAUCUUUGAAUGAAAGAGGGAAAGGUAGGAGACCACGCUCAGAUCUAGUCACCUAGAAAAGAAAUAUUUUUAAAAAAUCUGUCUGCAACUGCAGCAAGUUUUGCAUUGAGGGAUUAUACUACUGCAAUAAAAGAUUCAUUGGUGUAAGGCCUGUUUCAGAGGUACCAGUAGUCAUGCAAGAUGCGUUUUAAAUAGUCGUAAUCCUACUUUAAGCUUUUAAAAUAAGAAAGUUUGCUGACUGGUCAGAAUACAGAGCUAUUUUAUCGUUUUCAACCUCCUCUUAUGCUGUUUGAGGAAGCUCUCAUUUAAGACCUCUUUUUUUGUGUUUAUCACAGCAACUGGAUUUUUUAAAAUCUAUUUUUUUUUUUUUUUUUUUUUGCAAUUUUAUUUGCCAUUUAAACAUUUUGGUGCAAAGGUUUUAUACACCCUUUAUUUUAAAUAAAAUUAAGUCUAAAACAGUUUCACACAAUCCAAGCAUUUUAUAAACGAUGUAAUUACUGGUAACUCUGAGCUUUAAAUUGUGAUUGUGCUGCAAAUUAAGGACUAUAACUGGAAAGGAUGUUACGUUUGACUAAAGAAUUAAAACAAAAAUGAUCUGCUGGUUCCCUUUAAAGUUACUUUUUAUUUCCUUUUGUGUUUUUGCUACACUUGUACAUUGACUUUAUCCAAAGAUUUUUUUUUCCCCCCUUCUUUACAAUUAAAUGCUUUCUUUGUCCUUUACUGUAUCCGGUCCUUAUUACCAUUAGUCUAUUUUCUGUCUGUGUUUGUCUGUAAACCAGCCCAAGCAUAACAAAGACUGUAUCUGUUGUUCAGACUACUGCAGAGGAUUAAUGUAAUAUGUAAACUUUACCCUACAUGUGACCAGAUUAUAGCUAAUACUGGCACAAUGACACACAAAGCUGGUUGAAUUCCCUGCUUGUUUCUCUAAUCACCACUUUGUUCCAUAUCAUGGGACAAACAAGUCU